AUGUUUCUAGCAUGUUACUAUUAUACUAAUAAAACAAUAUUCAGAUAUGAAUAUUUUUUCUUUCAGCUUAGCGUUCUAGCAAUCAUUAUUUCGCAUAUGGGAUUUGAAGAUGUGUAUGCUAAUCCUUCGUCACUUUUAUUAAUUU